UCCGGCGAGCAACGACUCACGUAGUCGCUAGUUCCUGCCAGCUGACUACUUCAUAAGGAGGGGAGGGGAUAAGGCUGCAGAGACUGUCAUUCGCACGCUGAGCGGCCGGCUGAGAGGUCGGCCCAGCUCUGUUUUGUUCGUCGUAUUUCGCAGACGGUGGAGACUCACUCUGAGGUCAUUAGCAUUAUGGAAGACCAAGAAAUUAUAGAACCUGGUGGCGUUACAGGAGAAAGCCCAGGUCAGCUGGACACACAGCAGGCUAUCGCAGCAUCCCAGCCACUACCGUCACCCCUGUCAGGAUGCUACUUGCUUAUCGUUGUCGGCGAACCUCACUCACCUGAGCACAAGGAAAUCAUUCUACAGAGAAUUGCUAAAGGAUUCUUAUCCUGGGACAAUGAGACUUCCCAUGUUGACCUCGAGAAAGAGUUGAAGGCCCUGACCAGCCAAGCCCCAGAAGGAGAGGAAGCUAGAAAUGGCGAGAGGUUGAUCCAGUACGCUACAGAAAACCUGGUAACCGAGGUGCUGAUCCAUCCGCAAGUGAACACUUUGGUCCAAUGCGUACGAAACUUACUGUCCAGUUUCACAAGACACCGACAUCUCAUUCAUGCAGGUUAUACCUAUUCAGGAAAUGGCUCCUGGAUACUCCAGGAUGGUACGUUCUCUCUGGCUGAUUUCAUCGACGCAUUUUUGGAGCCAGAGGUGCAACGUGUGUUGCGGGCAUAUGAGAACUGCGUCACUGUGGACGUUCACUGCUCGCCUGAAGGUGACUGGGCCACAGGGCGAAUUGCAAAGGAAUCCUUUGCUCGCUCCUGCAAAGUACGUGUCAAUCCUGAUGACCGCCUAACUGCAGGGGGAACAGCAAUAGGCAACUUUACCAACUACAUACACCCGUUCCUGCGACCAGCAUCAAUAGAGCAAUUACUAGAGCCGUCAGAUGUGGUUGGAAACAUACGUUUUAGCCACCCGACACUAUAUGUAUUCCCAGGGGGUCAGGGAGAUGCUGCGCUCUUUGGCAUAAAUGGCUUCAACAUGUUGGUAGAUGGCGGCUUUGCUCGCAAGGCAUGCUUCUGGGAUUUCGCUCGCCACUUGGACCGACUCGACGCCGUCCUACUGACACGACUAAAUAAUGGAAAUGUCAAUGGCAUUUCUGCUGUCCUUAGAAGGAAAAAGCAAACCCAUGUGUAUCCCCAAAUAGGGCACUUCUUCUGCAACCUACAGGAAAGACGCCACGCUACAUCUCCAGAUGGGGACAAGGACAGAGAUGCACUGCUUGUGGAUCUCCUGGAGGAGGGUCAAGAGAUUGUGCUCAACUUGCGCCAUCUACAGCUGCGCCCACACCCGUGCUACCGUGAUGGGAACCACGUUGAACCAGUCAACCUCUACCACAAAGUGGGCCAUGGCAAACUGGAUAUGUAUAUCAUUAGCCCUGCCAAAGACAACCGCGAUGUCAAGGAAUUUCUGUCCAAGUGGAAUGCCAAUGACCCUCGGCUUUUUGUCGGAAGGAAGGAUGGUUCAUCGCUUAAAGACUUCCAGUUUCCAUUACAGAAUCUUGUUUCUAUCUGUGCUCUUCUAGUGUGGCAGCCGGCAAACCCUAAUGAUACUAUCACAAGAAUCCUGUUUCCAGGAAGCACGCCUCAGCACAAAAUCUUUGAAGGCUUGGACAAACUGAAACAUUUAGAAUUCUUAAAACAUCCAGUGUGCACAGCCAGGUCCAUUUCACCGUCCGCUUCAACUGUAGGUAUCACAAGUCGUGCAAGUAGUAAGCAGAGGUCUGGCCCAGCAGUCAUUGACAAGUUGCUACCUGGAGAAGGUGUCAAAGCGGCAUCUAUCGGGUCCACCACGGAGACCAAUAAACACAUAAUUAAAGCAGCGACCAUACCAGUAGCUGGACACCUGCCAGACGUGAAGCAGAUUAAACCUGCUACCACCACCGCCCCCAUUUCCGCCCCAGUGCCACCACCCUCAAAGGCACUGCCCCAGACCAAACAAAAGGUUGAUAAACUGACUUCCAAAACAGAGCCACCAAAGAUGAAGACUGAACUUAGUAAACCUGCAGAAGUUGAAAAAAUCAGUGCCAAAACUGAGAAGCCAAUAAAAACAAAUGUGACUGAGACAACCAAAUCCAAAGUUGAACCUAAACCCAAAGCAGAAUCCAGAACUUCCAUAAGUAAGUCAAAGACUGACUCUAAACCUCCAAGGUCAGCAGAAAGGAAGAGCCACAAGCCUUCCAUAGACAAGAAGAGUGAGUCAGCCAAAUCAUCACCUACAACACCUAAAAAAUCUGUUGAAGGAAAAAUAAAUGGUGCUGCAUCGAAAGCUGAAACAGCCAAAAUCACAAGAAUGUCAAGUAGGAGUCGGCCUUCCCCAACAACAACUCCAGCUAAGAGCACAAAGGAAGCAAAUAAUCGAAAAGUAGUAGAAUCAAAGUACCAGCAUGUCUCGAGAACGUCAUCAACACCUCGAGGUUCUACUACAAAAACGACUAAAAAAGAGCAGCAAGAAACUCCAGUUUCAAUGAAGACUGAAAGAAAACCAAUCAGUAGAAGGCCAAAGCCAGGAUCUCCUAGUAAGGUAGCCACUUCCGGCAAAACUCCAGGUUCCCCAGCAAAGUCUUCCUCAGCAAAGAGUACACCAACACCCUCAGUAAAAUCAGACAAAGAUGGUGUGAUACGUAAAGUCAGAGGUGAAACAGAUAGGAUAACGACUGAUUCAUCUGCUGUGUCAACACCUUCAACAGUAGAACCAGAAGCAGCAACACUGAAAGUAAAGGCUGCAGAAAUUCUUGAAUCAACAGCAUCAUCUGAGCCUCAGGCAUUAAGUACAGAACAUGAGGAGGAGGUUGCUACUGAUAAGGAGAUCGAAACAGGCAUAGGAGAGCCUGACCAAGAAGAUUCUGAGGCAAUAUGCAAAAGAAUACAGAUGACAGCUGAUGAAACUGUAGCAGAUAAAGUUCAAGAAAAAACUCCCAUUACUGAAGUUGAACUAGAAGAAGAAACAUUGCAUCUGGAGGAAGAACGUGAAGAGGAAGAAGAUGAAGAAACAGAAGACAAAGAAUCAGAAGUUGCCACUGAAGAAAUUCAACAAGUGAAGCAAGCAAUACUUGAAAAGGAUGACAUUGAAGCUACAGAGGAAGAAGAUGAAGAACAACAACAUGUUGAGAUAGGAAAAUCCCUUGCAGAUGAGCUAGAGUUUGAAGUCAAAGAACAUAAGGAACUUAAGGAAGAAGAGGAAGAGGAAGAUGAAUACUUGAUCAUAGAAAAGGUGGAAGUUGAACAGUACAUGGAAGACUCAUUACAAGAACAAGAAAGUGGUGAAUCACAUGUUCCAGAAGAACUUGAAGCACAGGAGAGAGGUGAUGAGGAAGAAGAGGAUGAAGGAGAACUUCAUAAACACCUGCGUGAUGAGGUCGAAUCUGAGAAAGAGAAAAAGCAUGAAUUUGAAAAGGACAUUGUUAAAGUCAAUGGUUUUCAUGAGGAAUCGAAGGACAUUACUGAGAAAGAAAUAACAGAAGAUAUUAAAGGAGACAAGGAUAUUCCACUCCUAAAAGAAGCUGAAGAAGAACGAGAUAAGAGGCCAGAUGACAAAUCUACAGGUAAAGCAGUACUAGAAAAAGAAGAGGAGUCUAAAGUCACAGAAGAAUUAAGCAAACAUGAGGAGGCUGAAACAAAAGAAACAGGUUUAGAAAAAGUUCCUAGCAAAGAGCAAGAUGAAGUGGCAAUAUCGAAAGAAAUUUCCAUGGUAGCCAAAGAAAAACUUCAGGGGGAAGUACAAGAAAUUAUCUCUUCUGCAGAAGAAAUUGUAACAAAAACCAAACAGGAAAGUGAAAUCAAACUUCAUGAUGAUGGAGAAGUAAGUAUGUUAGAGAAGCAGAAAGAUCUUGAAGAACAAGUACAUACAGGGGAAAAGAAGGAUUCUGAAGAAACAGAUGAAACAAAGGAAGCUUCAUCAAUUAGUCCUGAAGAGAAACUGGAUAUCUCAUCAGAGAAGAACAGAGAAAUAACAGAUGACACUAGAGACACUGAUCAGAAACCAGAUGAACAGGAAGGUGGAGAAAUUAAAGCAGCUGAUCAAAGGUAUCCGGCUGAGGAGAGUCAGCCAGAUGAACGAUUCUCAACCACUGUGGAGUCUGCAGCCACUACUGCACCCACGCUACCAGAAGAUGAGCGCAUACCACUGGAUGAGAUAAAAGAGAUUGUGGAGGAAAAGUAUGUGAAAGAGGAAACUAAAGAAGAGAAACCAGCUGCUACCACCAUUGUUCCACAACGACUUGAACAACCCACAACUCUUCCCCAAGUAGUAGUUGCUGCUGGAGUCGGCAUGUUUGACCCAAUGGCACCUCAUGCUAAUGUUCAUCUUCAGCGUGACAUAGUAAAAACUCCAGAUGAGGUAGCUGACUUACCAGUUCAUGAAGAGGUAGAUCCAGGCAUGUAUGACAGUGACGAAUUUAGUAGGGAUUAUAAGGGUAAGGAUGACAUUGCCAAGAAGGACAUCAAGGAAAAACUUGAACUCAAGUAUGAUGACAAUAUAGAGAAGAAAAUUCCAUUUGAAGACUCUGAGUUUGUGGAACAAGAGAAGGCACCAUUACCCAUUGUGGCCAAAGAAGAACCUAAAGUAAUCACUGAGACUGAAUCUAAGAAGACUGAAAAGGCAGAAGAACUAGAAGCUCCAGAUAUUGAAUUUACUGAUAAUAAAGAAAAGGUGGAAAUUAUUGAAAAACACAUCGAGUUUCCUGAAAAAUUAAAGGAUGGGAAGGAAACUGAAGUUCAUUUAGUUGAAAAACAGGAUGUAAAAAUUGAAGAUAAAUUACCACCUGCAACAGAAAUUGAUGAGAGUAAGAAGACUGAAGUAGAUAAAGUUGUACCUGAACAGUUAUCCGAAGAAGUAGUUAAGUCUGACACAGAAGAGGGAAUUGUAGAAGGUUCGUUACAAAAAGCAACAGAUGUCUCUACACUGAUCACAAAAGAUGGCGCAGAGGACAAGGUUAAACAAUUGAUUUUAGACGAAUCAAGAGAAACUACUGACCUCUUACCAGAAACCAAACUAGAAAUGGUAUGUCAUGAAGAAGACAAAAAAGAAGUACAGAGUGUUUCUGAAUUUAAAUCUACGGCAGAAGUCUCCAGAGAUGAAGGACAAAUAUUUGACCAUAAAGAUAAAAUAAAACAUAUAACAGAAGAAUUCAUUGAACAAGAAAGCCAUGCACUAAAAGUUGAAAGUUUACCAACUGACAAACAGGAUGAAAAUCUUGGUGUUUGUGAAACCACAGUAGCGGAAUCUGAUAAACUUGAACUGGAGGCUACGGCAGUAGAGAAGACUGAUUUAGAAAAGCUUGUACCAGAAAAGUCUAAAGAAGAAGGCCAAGCUUUUGAAGAAUCAGCAGUAAAAACAUCUGAAACAGAAACAUCUGAACUGAAAUACACAGAGCUUAAAAAGACAGGGAAGGAACAGGAAGGUUCAGAAUUUGAAGCUAUAAAGACAGAACAAACAAAAUAUUCUGAAGAAAAAGAUGAAUCAGAGAAAGUUUUCCCUGAUGCAUUACAAGCUGAAAGAGCUGAUCCUACAAAACAGCUACUUCCAGAAGUAACAUCUGAGGAAUCUGCCAUACAAGCAGAACCAGGACAUGAGAAGACAGAUGUUUCAGAGGUACAAUUUGAAGAUGAAAAGCUCAAAAAUGAAGAAAAAUACUCUGAGAAACUGGACACAGAGAAGUUUGUGCAAGAAGAACCCAUAUCAGGAAAGAGGGAAGAGCUCAUCACAAAACCUGAAGAAGUUUUAAAGGCUGAUUCAAUUACUGAAAGUUCAGAACAUUUUGAAACUGAGAAGCAUGAUGUAUCAAAGGAAUCUGAAAUUCAUAUAAAAUCUUCUGAACGAAAACAAAUUACAGAGCCAUUAAAAAUGGAAAUUGUAGAAUCAGUAGAGGUAAAUCUUGGUGGUGAUGCCCAAACUGAAAUCAAAGAAACAAUGGCUGUGAAAGAAAUUAUAUUAACAAAGGAAGCAACAACAGCUCUUGAGGAGAAGGACGUAGAUGAGGAAGAUAAACCAAGCAAAGACUUUUCUUUAAAAUCAGAUGCCAUUGAAGAAGUUCAGACUGAUAUUUCAAAGUUGGACAUGGAAGCACCUAAAUGUGCUGAUGCUGAUCAUCCAGUAACUGAAGUUCCUAGUCUGACAGCUGAAGAAGAAUUACAAGACAAGCCAUCUCCAAGUGCGCUGUCAAUGACUUACCUUGAAAUAAUCGACAAACUGCAGAAAGAUUCUCAGAAGACAAGUGAUCCCACUAUUGACUUGGCUGAAGAAACUUUAACAUUAACAGAAGGGGGGAAAAAUGCCAGCGAAGUGAAACCCAAGGAUGAUGAUGAUAAAACUGAUGAGAAACCAAAGGCCGAUAUCAAAGAACAUGUAAUAGAAACUUCUAGCUGUAUGACUGAUGACACAAAACACAUUGACUCUAUUCAGAUAACUGAUGAAGUAAAACAUGAAAAAGCUGUAGGAAAAUUAGAGGAAGAUGUUUUAAAGACUGAAAAAUUAGGUUCUGAUGAAGCUGUAGGAAGAGAACCAUUUAUUACAACUAGUCACUUACAAGAUACCAAAGUUGAUACUGAAUUUGUGCCUGGCAUAUCAAAGGAAGAAGAUGCUGAAACAAUAAAUGAGUCAGCAAAUGACAAGUCUUCAGACAAAGAGGUAACUGAAAAGAGAUCUGAUGAGGUAUCAGGUGUCAGUGAGUUGAGGGAAUCUACACCCACUGGUCAUCUGCUUCAACCAACAGACAAAGACAGCAAGGACUUCAUUAAAGAUGACAAACAGAAGGUUGAGAGAGAUGAAAGUGUUGAAGAUGUGGAUAAAAUUGACCAAGCUGAACUGAAACUGACUGAUGACAAAGAUGACAGUUAUGGUUAUAGAAGUAUAUCUCCUGGUGAAGUAUUUGUUGACUCAGGACUUGAAGAAGAGCCAGUUUAUGGCAAAUUAGAAGCUCCAGAAAUUCCAGAGUAUGUCACAGUCACUCCAGAUUCUGCACCCCCUUCACCAAAAUUACAAGACAAGAAAUCACUCUUGAGGACUCAGGAAGGUGUAUUAGAAAAAGAAUCACUUUCCUCAGUUACAGUUGCACCUGAAAAGUCUGAAAGAGUUGAUUAUAAAGAAAGUACUCAGAAAACAGAAAGUGUCACGCUUGAUGAAGAUUUCAUUCCAGCAAAACAUGAGUCACCAACUGAAGAUGUUUUGGCCUCAGGCAAAUAUGACACUGACACCAAGGAAAAGACACUUGAUUUGGUGGCUGAUGUGUCCAAAGCAGAAGCUCAGGCAAUAACUGCAACAGCAGAUAUUCCUAUCCAUAUACCUGUCACCACAGCAGUCUCUGAAUCAGAAAAAGGCAUUGCCAUAAUUGCAAGUAGUGACCAAGCAGAUGAAGAACUGAGCACAAGUAUUUCAAAGAAGCAAGAGACUGGUGAAGCUAGUGUGUUGGAGGAUCUUGUGAGUGCAAGUAAAUCUGCUAUUGCUGAAAUUGAGGGCAAACUUUCCACCCAAGUAGAAGAGAUUCUCACAGCACCGAGAAAAGAAAAGGAUGGAACAAAAUUUCAUAUCGAAGAAGGUAAAUCUGAAAUUCCAUCUUAUAUUACUGAUAAAAGCAGCAGCAGUGAUGACAAAGAUUUGACAGGACCAUAUCAGCUAUCAGAGGGGGAAAUAACAAAACCAUCAGAAGGAAUAAAAGAGAAGGAUGAAGUAGAAUCAUUACCUGUACAUCUAAAGGAAGUGGAUGAAACCAUAACAAAAAUCCAGGAAGAAGUGAAGGAUGAAGCAAUUUCAUUUUUAAUAAGUGAAGGAGCCUCUGAAAAAGAAAAAGCACAUGAGAGUCCAGAGAAGAAACCACUGCAAAUAGAAGACAAAUUGCUAACAGAAAUAUGUGGCAGAGAUGUCACACCAAUACCUCACAUUGCAGAAACAUCAACAAGUGUAACAAAAGAAACACGCUUAGAUCACGACACAGAAACAAGUACUACUUUAGAAGAAACAGCGUCGUUACCUCUGUCUUUCAUACCAGCCACUGUUAUUUUGGAGGAAGUUCCUCGUUCUGUUACAUAUGAAACAGACAUAUCAGAAGAAGUAAAGAAAGAGGUUACAGAUAGCAGAGGUAUGGAGCAAUCAGCUGUCACCAUAACAAAAGAAACAACAGCUGAUACAUCAGAAUCAACAUCUUUAAGUAGCUCAGAUCCAGCUUGCAUGGCAGCAUCUAGCGUAACUGAAAUUACAAGUGCCGAGGCUAUAGCUGAGAAGGAAACGACUGCCAUUAUUACAUCCACCAUUGCUACUGUGUCUGCCACUCAGAAAGAAGAGGAAGUCACUGACUCAGGUGAUCUUACCAACUCAGUAACUGUACGCCGCAUGGUAGUAACAGCAAGCAGUGAAGACGGAGGGACAGAAACUGAGCUCUGUACUAAUGGCAGUUUCACUUUUACAGCUGCUACUGUUCCAGCAACAUCCAGUGGUGAGUCUGUCCCAUCUGUUUACAAAGAGGAACAUCCAGGACAGUCUUCUUCAAGCAGCAGCUCAAUACAGUGCACUGAGGUCGCUUCAACAGAUACAACAGGGAAAUCAUCAACGCACGAAAUCAAGGAUGAUACAAAUGAAGGGAUCAUGGAAGGUAUCAGUAAAGAAGAUACAUUGAAAACUUUCACUACAGUAUCUACAGUAGGUCCUCCAGCUGAUACUGUGAAAAUAGAUGACCACAAAUUAGAUGAUUCUCCUGGUGACAGAGGAGGAAGUAGUAAAUUAGUCACAAUAAAGACCAAAGAACUAAGAGAGGUUCAUGGUGAGACUGAGUCUGAUAAUGAAGAGAAUGUGGAGGAAUUUAUUACUCAAAAGAUUGGAAAAAAUGGUAAUAUCAUAACUGAAGCAGUUAAAACCAUAAGAACUUUUGUAACUGUAGAAGGGGAGGAAUCAGAUGAUUCUAAUUUUGAAGAUGAAGAUAAUAUAGAAUCUACAGCAGCAGAAGAUGGCUCAGACUCCAGCCGGAUAAGCAAAAUAACUACAUCACUUACAACUGUAACUAAAAGAGAUGAUAAUGGUGUUAUGUCAUUGUCAACAGACAGCAGCGACAAAAUUGGAGAUGUUGAUUCAGAAGUUGUAACAAAAACAACCUCUACUACCAUCACAACAGUUACUAGUAUAUUGUCUGGUGAUGAAGCUGAUGACAUAAUGACCAGAACUAUCCUAGAGGAAGGAACCAUGGAAACAAGCAUAACUCAUGACAUCAGCAAAGAUGUAGAUGUAUUCAGUAAGAAAGAGGAUAUCUCACAACCAAGUUCCACUGACAGCAGCAAACUAGUAGAAUUAUCAAAAGAAUCUUCUCCAUUGAAAGUGGCCACGACAAGUGUAGAUCAUCGUAUUCCAGUUAAAACUGACAUUGUAAUGAAGGAUGAAACUAGUGUAUGUAGUAUAACAAAUGGGGUUAUGAAAGAGGAACAACUGACAGAAGCCAUAGGCAGUAAAGAGGAUGAGGAAAAAAUGAUGAAUGGAAGAGAAAGUGAUAAAGAGUCAAGGACAGUAGGGAAAAGUGUAAUGAGCAAUCUGGAUGAAUUUUCUUCUGUUUCUGGAAUGCAUGUUUCUAUGAAGAAGGAAGCUCCAAGCAGCUCUUCUGAACAAAUGCGCAGUGCCACUCCAGGUUCAGAUGCAUUGAGUGACCGUGACCUGGAUAUAGGCUGUGGUCCCUCGACCCCUCACAGUGACAUCAGCAGUGGGCAGGUGUCAAGGGCAGCCACCAAUGUGUGGGGAAGCAGUGAGGGCCGCCCUGACUCCAGACACUGUGACAGUGACGAAGACAAUGAUGAAGAUGAUCCAGGGUCACCACUCAGUGUCACCUCUCAACUUGCACAUUCUCCACCAUCCAAUUUCUACUUUGAAAUGGGUGAUAGAAAUGCCUCUGACUAUGACGUAAAGCACAAAGAAGAAGCUUCUUCUUCAAUGACAAGUUCCCUCUAUGGAAGUCUCCCACCACACCCAUUGCAAGAACUCAUUAAAGAGGGAAAGGAAAGACAGUCACAUAUGCCACCACCCGUUACAAGUGAAACUCCAGCUAAACACAGUGCAGCUACGUCAUCUGAGGACAGUGUUAUGACAAGCAGUUUUUAUGGUUCACUAGAAGACAGGGAGGGUGCUAAGCCCACUAUUCCUGAGCAGUUUGGGGAGCAACUACAAGAGGAAGAGGUUCUUGAUUUUGAGAGAGCAAAGCAUGAGCAUCGUGCAGCACGUGGUAAGGAUCUUGCUUCCACUGGCUUUUCUUAUAAUUCUGAAAGUACAUCUUCACCCAGCAAAAUUACAAAAACAUAUGAGCAUUAUUACAUGUCAGAAGUAAAUGGACAGAAGCAGAAAAGUGAGAAUUCUUCUCAAGGGUUAGCUGCGGAUUAUGGGUAUGAGAAUGUUCCUACUGGAAAACAGCAUGAAGACCUUAUGAACCAGAAACGUGAUAUCAAGGAAGAGAAACAUAAUGGAAAAACUGGACCAGGGACUGUAGAUCCAUCAGAUUCUGGCUUACACCAAGACGUUUACACUAAAGUGACUGAACACAUAUCAGCAGAUAUCCUAAAAGAAAAGAAUGGCACAUCAGCUAGUGCUUCAGGUUUUGGCACUGAAUAUGAUCCAGAAUUCCGCCACCAAUUUCCUGCCCCAACUACAUCAGCUUCAUGUUUUCCAGAGCCUCCACUGGGAUUCUCACAGUCAUCAUUAGGACAAACAGAUAAUAAAAAGGACCCAAUUGAAGACUGGGGAAAACCAUUAGGUUUACCAGCUCCAGCACCACCACCCACAAAUAACAGUACUACUGUUGGUGAAGUUUUGCCAAAUACCAAUAAGGGAACUCCAAAGAAAGAGAAAAAGGUGAUGCAGAUUAAAAAGACAAUGAUAAUGAAUGAAAAUAACAAAGCUGCUUCAGGGAAGGAUGUCAAGUCCAAGAGACCAGAAUCACCCAUCAAGCAACCUAGCUCAGAGAGGAAAGGAAGUUCAAAUAGAGAAGGUGGUAGGAAUACAGUCGGAGGAAAAGCUUCUGGCAGUCCCAUUUAUAUUGACCUCACAUAUGUGCCUCACCAUGGCAAUUCUUACUACACCACACUCGAGUUCUUCAAGAAGGUGCGAGCACGCUAUUAUGUGUUCAGUGGUACUGAGCCUAGCCGGGAAGUGUACAAUGCAUUACUCGACGCCAAGCAGACAUGGGAAGAUAAAGAACUAGAGGUAACUAUCAUUCCUACAUAUGACACGGAUACACUUGGCUACUGGGUUGCUGAGAAUGAAGACACACUUGCCAGAUACAAGAUUGAUCUGUCACCUUCAGCUAGCCGAUGCACCAUCAACUUGCAGGACCACGAGACAAGCUGCUCUGCUUAUAGGCUUGAAUUCUGAACUUACUGAUGCUUUUUGCCAUCUUCAUCCUUGCAUGGGAUAAUCUGAGAUGAUAGCAGUAUUUCAAACAAAUUAGUAUACCCAAUGCACCUUGACCCCUCAGUGUGUUCUAUGAGUCUUUUAGUGAGAGAUAAUGAGAAUCAAAGAGGGCCUAACUGAUGAAUCAAGAUUAAUUACAGGCUCUGGAAUCUGCAAAAAUGUCAUGGAAUUCCUUCUAGGUGUUACCUGGUGACUAAUAAUAAAAUGCAUAUAGACACAUACAGAAUUAAUCUUUAUCAGAUUGGAUUAAGGGAUUUAAAUCCCUGUACUACAGAGCUCCAAGCCAGAUAUUUUUUAAAUCCGUGUUUUAAAGGUCUUGUAGUAUGACACUGCAACGCAUGUCCAGCUGAACUACACGCAAGCUGCCAGAUAAAGGUUAGAGGUGUCACUCUCAUAGUACAUGCAGGCCAACAAUUCUCUUUUUUUUGACAUGGAUAUUUCACUUAUAAAAUAUUAAUGAAAAAGAUUUUCUUGGAAAUGUCCAUAACUUCCUAUUUUGAAAAUUUAAAUUCUAGAAGCAUGCUUGAUCCGAGUUCCAUUUCUAUCCAAAAAUCAGCGGUCAGCUGCAUUAUAACUGCAAUACACAGCAGUCAUUGGUAUUUAAAUGGUCACAAAACUAUAUACUAACUUAAAUUGUCUCACUCAUAUUUAAAGUCAACAGUUAAAACAUACAAUCAGGCACACUAACAAUGUGUUCUUCUGCAUUGUGACGGUAUCAUAACCUCAAAGAACGUAAUCAUCCUCACUGCCAUGAGAAACUCAAAUCUCAUAGGCGUACUAACAGUUUUCAUUUCUUUAAACUACUAUGUAUCAGCUUCUUUUGCAUUCAUUUGCACAUUCGGAUCAUGAAAGACAGAUGAUCCUGCUUUUGUUUGACGAUGCAUGUGGAAAGCAGCUGUGUUACUGAUGUUUCAGAUAGCCUUAUUAUUUCCAUUUUCAAAGAAAAUAAUUCCCCACUAGCCCAUCCAGUAUUUAUAGUGCACAUACACUGUUUAAAUAUCAGUAAGGGCCUGGUGCAGUCACUUCAACUUGAAGAUGGAUACAGCAAGGAUCCUAAGAAUUUUGGCAUUACAGCCCACUUCCAUGCUAUGCCAUCACAUAAAAACAAGAAUGUCAACAGCAAUGAACCCUCAUAAAAGCCUAAAAUCCCCUAUCAAACACGAUGUUAAUUCUAUUAGAUUUCCAACAACUUGGAAUGUAUGUACAUAUGUGAAGCAUGAUUCUAACAGUUCUGCCUUGGAGUUUAAAAUUAAAUAUCUAAAGUAGUUAGGCUUACAUAAAAAGUUCCUCAUGCAGACACACUGUUUCAUGGAUCAUGAUGGUGGAAAAAAUACUAACACUGGUUGAAGAUUAUAAAACUGGAAAUUCUUUCAUCAUUUUAGAGUGUCUCCAUCAAUCAGAUUAAGAUAAAUAUGAAAGGAAAAUCAGAUCAGAAACUAAAAUAGAUUUUAAAGAACCAAAGUUUCAGAAGAUAAUUAAAUUAUCAGCUACAAGAUUUUGUUUCCAGAAAAGACGACAUACUGUUAAAUCAGAACUUCAUAUAUAAUACUAAUCUGGGACAAGCCAGAGAUAUAUAACUGCAGUAAAAUAUGUUCUUUAUUACAGUUUCAGUCCAGAAACUGUUACUUAUAAGUAAAAAAAACUGUUAAGGAUUUAUUUCUUCUUAUAUAAAAAUUGGCAGGUGAUAUGUUCAUUGUGUCAAUGAAUGUUAUCAUGGCUAAUUUAGGAAAAAAAUGUUACACUAAAAGGAAAUUAUACUCAUUGCACCUUCACUGAGGUCCCUUAAUCCACUUCUUCAUCUCAAUCAAAUGUGUAACUGCAGAAAUAUUUAUUCUUAGUUUUCAUUCAUAAUUACUUGUAACCUAUCAAAAGCAGAAAAAACUUUCAUUGGUGUAACCCUCUGAAUACCCUUCCGUAUGUUUCAAGAAAAUGUUAGUGAAUUCAAUUAUAUUUGUUAUGUGUUAAUAAAUGUAGGGACAAACAAUUUAAUUCUUUGCUGAAGACAGACCACAUCUUGAAAAGACAUUUGUUAAGAUAUCUAAUGUGUAUGGGAAGAAUAUUAGAAAUUAAACAAUUACUAAUUAUAAUAAUUACUGUGGGUGGCUGUGUAUGUAAAUGUGUAUGCUCACCCUGAAACUCCCCUUUAUGAUGUCAUGUACUUAAAAAUCAACAAUUCUGGAACUCCACAUGAAUAAUAUCUCACAUUCUGUUAGCAUUUGCCAUGGAUUUGUACUGCUGCUGUCCUACCAACAUAGAGCUAGGUUUACAUGUGUACCUUUCCUCAUAAACCAUGUCACUACAUAUACUUUUAUUCAAUCACAUUAUUAUAAAUUUAAGAUAAAGCUUUUUAGUGUCUUCUGUUUUAAAAGCAGAAACCAUCAACUGCAUAUAAUUCAUGUGAUAACCCUUCAUUAAACCUAAGUUCUUAUUAAGAAGGUGAACAUUGCCGGCUGGAAUAGUAUCGGUUUAUACAAAGAUGAAAAGUUGUUUACAAAUUGUUAAGUGUUGCCUCAGAUAGAUUUUUAUAACAAAGAAUUUGAAUGGAUAAGAAACAUGAAAAUGAUAUACCUGAUAAAAGAAGACAAUUAAUAUGUAUGUAAUUAUGUUUUUUAGAAGUGCUCAAAAAUUACAUAAUCCAAACAAUUAUAAAAAAUUAUAUAACCAUCAUACUUUGGCAAAGAAUUGAUCCAAAAGAAACAACAGUUUAACUGACAUAUUAAAACUAUGUAGCUCAUAGUUAAUAACAUUAAGUGUAAGUUAUUUGCAGGUUGGUGAGCAAAUAAAAAGUUUAAAAAAAACACGCUAUCCUUUUGUACUUAGUGCGUGGUGUGGUACAGUGGUAGACGAGAGAGCUGUGUUGCUUGAAGUAUGGAACAUUCUUUUCCUUUUGAUGUCAGUGUUUACUAAUAUCUAUUUUAUUAAGUAGUCAUUAAUAUUGUGUUAUACAUACUGUAUACCUAAAUUAGGAAUUCAACAAAAUACUAUUUUCAUAAGGCCUAAUUUAUACUUUCUUAUUAGACUUAUUUAAUUUUUUAUGAUUUUCAUGAUUAUAACCUUUAUUUAUAACCCACUGUAGUGUUAAUUUCUUAGUGCUAGUGUGGCUGGAAGGUUGCAUGUUACAGAACAGAAUUGAGCAGGAUUUGUAGUAAUAACUGAAGAAUUGUACAUUAACUACCAAUAUAUAUCUGCCCAAGUUACUGUAAGAUGUUAUUUAAUAUAUACUAUCAUGGUAUAACUGUCAACUGGAUCAGGAAGAACCGAGCUUCUUAUAAAUCAUUGUAAUAUUCUAAGCUUUUUGAGCUGAGUUGAGAUUGAAAUGGUGCUAUGAAAACCUAAUAAUGCCUUGUUAAACAAUUAAUAAAUAUGAAGGUAGGUGCUGCGACUGCAUGGUUAGGAGCCAACAGCGACAGACACCACCAUCAUUUUGAUGUGCGGGGAGGGGAAUGAGACGGAGUAGUGCGAGUUACGAAAGCUAUUACUGUAUUGUUCUAAUAUUGACAGACAUUUUUAAAAGUGAUUUUUCAUGACUGUUAUUGGCAACAGGCCUUACAAUUUGUAAGUUAUGCUUGCUGUUUAUUUAUUUAUUAAUUAAUUUAUUUAGUUAUUUAUUUCCCCCCUCUUGGUUAAAAAAGUGGACUUAUUGUUGCACCUCGCUUGUAAUUUGAGUGUCUUUUUGGGAAAACCAUAAGAUUAAAAUAUUAUGUAAUUUUAAAAUGUCAUAAUAGCAAGUUUUAAAAACAUGCAUUUGCUUAAACUUGGAGCUUCUAGUCAAAAAGUUUGCUCUAUGCUUGUUCUGAUAUAACUGCAGUGUAUGUAUGGGUCAUGUAUGAGAAACAAAAUAAAACUGGAAUAAAAAAAACUUUGAAAAAAUAAUCAGACAGUUCUCAACAGAA